CGGCGCCUCACUCAAAUGGUAUUUUGAGCAUAUUCAUUAAAGCGGCUUCUUUUCACAUAUUGCACCUACUAUGCCCAGCAAUAAUCCCUGUUAUGUUAAAAAUAAGGUGUAUACGUUCUUGAAAAAGCUGCUGCAGUGACUGCAGUGGGGCUUGUUUUCAGGCUUCUUUCAUCCACAUGUUGAUUGCUUGACCAAAGGAUGUCUCGUCCUGCUCCAUCCCCCAUUUACACCCUGAGGGGGGCGGGUGGUCCCCUUAACACACUCCACUUUAGCUGCCAUGGAGAUGUCACUCCUCUCCUGUUUUCUGGGACAGGAAAGGGGAACAUCCAUGUCUGGAACCUGAACAGCAGGAGGGCAGAGAAGAUCAUAGAAGGUCAUUCUGGUAACUCUGUCAUCUGGGUGAGCACACUGCAGUCAGCAGAUACAAUCAUCAGUCAGGGCCGGGACAUGCAGGUCUGCCGGUGGGAUGUGAGCGAAGGUCGCAGUGAGCUGGUGGAGUCUGUGUGGACCGGCUGUGUGGGAUUCUGUCAGUGCUCCCUGCUGGAGACAAGCUCUGCAAACCACCUUCUGGCCUAUGCUGGGGAACAGAUGGAGGAGGUCAAGAUUAUCGAGCUUCCUGGUAAGACCGCAGUCUGCACACUUGUACCAGAAGAGAAGCUGGGGAUGGUCAUGUGUCUAAAACUGUGGCAGCCAGACUCGGGGCCCGGGCCUCUCCUGUUAGCUGGAUACGAGGAUGGUUCUCUGUUGCUGUGGGACGUAACCCAGAGGUCCAAGUUGAGCCAAGUCAAAGCCCACUCUGAGCCUGUCAUGUGCCUGACCUUUGACACCACAAGUCUGAGGGGCGUAUCGGGCUCCUCUGAGAAGACACUUUCCUCCUGGAUGCUGGAUGAGCAGAGCAACCUGCAGCUGCAGGACUGUGUGACGCUGGUCAACCCCGGGGUGUCCCAGCUGUGCAUCCGGAAGGAUCGUAAACUUCUGGCAUCAGCAGGCUGGGACCACCGAGUAAGAGUGUUUGGCUGGAAGAAGCUCCGACCGCUGGCAGUACUACAGUACCACACCGACAUGGUGCUCAGUGUGGCCUUCUCUGACCACCAGGACCCCAGACAGAGAGUGCUGGCUGCUGGAUCGAAGGACCAGCGAAUCAGCCUGUGGUCAAUUUACAACGAGGGAGCGGACACGGCCUGAGUCACCGAGCUCGGAGUGGAUAUAGAGAUUUGUGAUCAAUACUUUAACAGUCAUCUGUACUGAUAUAAUAAGGCACCAGUUUGUGCUUUUCAUGUACUGCAAUUACAGUUGAGCCACAAAGCUAAAACGUUCUCAGGAUACUUUAGAAGAAUUCCUAAUAAAUCUCAAUAAUGACAAUUUAAAGAAAAAAAAUCCUCUUCAUGGUAUAAAGUUGCAGUAAGUUGGAGUGUGGCAGCAAAUACAUGAUCAGAAUUGAUUUCCAUGUUCAGUUUUUACAAGAUGGACUAAGUGAAAAGUCAUAUUGAUAAAUAUGGAUGCCCCCCUUUUAUAUUUUUAUACUUAAAAUGUAAUAUGGAGAUGAAUACAGUGUGUUAUGUUUUAUUUAUCUCUUUGUGAAUAGUGAGGAACCAG